AUGAACCGAUCUCGAUCUACAUUACCACCAAACGGUAUCGCUGACACAGGAUCCUCCAGCAACAAUGAUCACUGCCUCAAGUACCUGGCAGAAGCCGACCCGCACGAGAUCAAGACGCGCAUCGAGGAGACCAAAGGCGGCCUGCUCAAGGUCGCGUCCAGCUGGAUCCUGCACCAUGCUAACUUCCAGCAGUGGCGCAACGGGGACAGCCAGCUGCUCUGGAUCAAGGGCGAUCCCGACAAGGGCAAGAUUAUGCUCCUUUGCACUAUUAUCGACGAGCUGGCUGGGAAAACAAAGCUACGAGACCCAGGAGCUACAACACUGCUUUCCUACUUCUGCCAUGCCACAGAUGCGUCCCUCAACAAUGCCACAGCCGUCCUACGCGGUCUUAUCCCGAUACGGUCCGAAGCAUGGCCUUACUCGCAGCGGCAUAUUCCAAUCGAAGGAGAAACGGCGAAGCAGAAAAUAUGAAAAUGAAAGUGCUGGCACUACGACGCGACGUGCUCGGCGAAAAACAUCCCGAUACGAUCUGGAGC